CGUCGGAUCCACAACACGAACACAAUCGACGGAUUAACGUCUGACGGUUUAGAGGUGGUUUGGUUUUGCUGUUUUUCUGGGAUGAAACGGGGGUAAUCAUGCGCAGGAUCGUCCGUGUUGUUGAUCUGGAGUUAAAGAUCGGGAUGUCGGAUGAGGACUCGAGGGCCAGCUCUAGUUCAUCAUCCUCCUCUUCAUCCUCCUCCACCCAUCAGCAGCAGGAGAAAGACACACCUGGGAAAAAGAGAGAUAAAGCCAACAUGAGCAAGACCUCCAAACUCCUCUCCACCAGCGCCAAAAGGAUUCAGAAAGAGCUAGCUGACAUCAUGCUGGACCCCCCACCCAACUGCAGUGCCGGCCCUAAAGGAGACAACAUCUAUGAGUGGAGGUCCACUAUCCUGGGUCCCCCGGGGUCCGUGUAUGAGGGAGGAGUGUUCUUCCUGGACAUCGCUUUCACGCCGGACUACCCCUUCAAACCACCCAAGGUGACGUUUCGCACGAGGAUCUACCACUGCAACAUCAACAGUCAGGGCGUGAUCUGUCUGGACAUCCUGAAGGACAACUGGAGCCCGGCACUCACCAUCUCCAAAGUGCUGCUGUCCAUCUGCUCUCUCCUCACGGACUGUAACCCCGCUGACCCGCUGGUAGGAAGCAUCGCCACGCAGUACACCACCAACAGACCCGAGCACGACAGGAUAGCCAAACAGUGGACCAAACGCUACGCCACAUGAUCCCUCCGAGUGUGUGUGUGUGUGUGUGUGUGUGUGCGGGGGCGGGGGGUCUGGGCAGAUACAGGGGGGGUUUUAUGAUGGAAUUUAAAUUCAAUUUAAAUUUCAAUUAUUUCGUCUUUCCCAGCUUUGAUUUGUUGUUGUGUUUGUUUCCCGUGGCUCAAGUAGCAUCAUGAUUUGACAAAAAUGGAUCUUAAUGUGUUUUCUUUGCCGCCUUGUUGUAAAUCUUUUUUUGAAGCUUUGUCAUUCUUGUCAAAUUAAAUCACGGCACGAGCCUUUAGCGAGAUUGUUCCAUGUAUGUAUUUUCCCCACCAAUAUUAAAGUGGAAGUUGGUGUA